GGGAGGUUCAGAGAGCAGAGCAUAUGACAGAGAUACAGUUCAAAACAGGAGAGAGCGCCGAAAUAUAUAAUACGAUUAAGCGAAUCGUAUCCUUUCUUAGCGAUUUUCUUUUUUUUGAGCGUAAAGUUUCAGAGAUAGGCUGCUUUAAAUAUUCUGUGAGUCUCCUGGUUCCAAAUGGGUAAAUAUCAGUUAGACUAAACUCAAAAUAUCCAAGUUAUAAUAUAACAGAAAUCAGUAAUCGCGAUUAAAACGCAUGUAUAAGCGCGUAAAACGCAGCUAUCCAAGUGUCUUCCUGCAAAACACCCUCAAAGCGUUGUAAUGGAAAAAUCAAAGAACUUCAGGAUCGACGCCCUUCUGGCUGAAGAACCACGUCGAGGGACUCGAGAAGUAUCACCUGGACUGAGCAGCGACAGCCCGACGGGCAGCCCGGUGUCCUGCAGGCGCGCCAACACUCCAUCCCCGCGCGCGACCCCCGGUGCCAUACACCUCCAAACCGGAAUCAUACCUAAACCAGGGCUGCUCAAUCUCCCACACCCAGGACUCACUUCGCUUCCAGGCAUGUACACGACACCCAUGUACCCCUUUUCAGCUCUGGGAGGUCAGCACCCUGCCAUGGCGUACUCGGGUUUUACGCAGCUGACGCAGCCGUACCAUGAGCAGCUGAAGGCGGCGGCGAUGGCCGGAUCUUUACCGCUGGAGCACUGGAUACGAGCUAGCAUCAUGGUACCACGACUGCCCGAAUACACCUGUGAGUGGAGUAGCAUUCAGAUGACCGCCCCCCAGUCCGGUUUGAUGGGGAAAUGUCGUAGACCGCGGACAGCAUUCACCAGUCAACAACUACUGGAGCUGGAAAACCAGUUUAAACUCAACAAGUACCUUUCCAGACCCAAACGCUUCGAAGUGGCCACAUCACUCAUGCUGACGGAGACACAGGUCAAGAUCUGGUUCCAGAACCGCAGAAUGAAGUGGAAACGCAGUCGUAAGGCUAAAGAACAGGCCGCGCAGGUCGAGGUGGAUCGUCAACGCGGGGGAACCAAAUCGACCAAUGAGAGAGCAGGAAGGGACAGUCGCAGGGCCAUCGCUCAGAGUGUGGAGGAGCAUGAGGAGGAGGACGAUAUUGAGGAAGACGAUGAGGAAGACGAGGAGGAAGGGCAACACAAAUUCAUAAAUGACAACCUUGAUGUACCAGACUUUCUGCAUCACGCGUCUGCGUUAAGAUACCACCCCGACAGCCCGUUCUCAGAGGACGACAUGGAGGAGGUGGGAGGAGGCGACAGGAAGAUUGGGGCAGGGUUAUGAAAACAUAUUUAUAUGGAAACUGAACAUAAAUUCCCAGCAGCAUUACAGCCCUGUUCUGUGGUCUGACUGUGGCAACAGUAAAAUUAAAGAACAGAGACUAUAAAUGCCAAAAUAUUUAGCCACUGAAAGACACACGAAAAGCCAAUCACCAGAACUAAUUUCAUCAACAUUUGAUGGUGUUGGUAAGUACAGGAGUCAAUGUCACUCAUACAGAGUAAACAUUAAAUAUAAUAAUAAACAUUCAAGGUGUGUUCCAAAACACAGAACAGAUCCAAAUCUUUGUAGACAGCAAAGGGCAUCACAGAAUCUCUCUCUCUCUCUCUCUCUCUCUCUACACACACACACACACACACACACACACUUGAUAAAGUAUGGGGUUAUCAAGAUUCUUUGAAGGAAAUUGAUACUUUUAUUCAGCAAGGAUGUAUAAAAUUAAUAAAAAAUGACAAUGAAUAGUGUUACAAAUAAUUAAUUUCUGUUCUUUUAAACUUUUACAUGUAUCAAAUAAUCUUGAAAAAAAAAGAUUAUUUAACCGAUUUCAAAAUGCAAUACAAAAUAUAAUAAUAAUAAGGAAGAAAUGUUUCCUAUUCAUCAAAUCAACAUUAGAUGAAUUCUGAAGGAUCAUGUGACACUGAAGAUUGGAGUAAUGGUGCUGAAAAUUCAGCUUUGCA